AUGGCCACCCUCCGCGUUCUGUUGUUGGAUGCUCAGGGCCGUCCGAUUCCGUUGGAGACCUGGCUCGAUGACCUGCAGCUGUUCCUAAUGAGCGAUAGCAAGGACAAUGUCUCUCUCUAUGACCACACGUCUGGUGCCUCAGUCGCUCCUGCUGCCACAGCUAAGCUUAGCGCCUGUUCCCAUUGGCAGACUCGUGAUACUGCUGCUCGCCUUGUUGGAGUAGGCUAG